AUGCAGAUCGCUGCUUGCAUUCUGGGCCUGGCGGCUCUUGUCGCUGGUCACGGGUACGUCGAUAACGCCACCAUCGGCGGAACCUACUACCAGUUCUACCAGCCCUACGCGGACCCUUGGACCAACCCGGCCCCCCAACGCAUCUCGCGCCCCAUCCAGGGCAACGGCCCCGUCGAGAGCGUCACUCUGGCCGACCUGCAAUGCGGAGGAUACACCGCCGGCGGUAUCUCCGGCUCCCAGCCCGCGCCGCUCCACGCCCCGGCCGCCGCCGGAUCGACCGUCACGCUCCGCUGGACCCUGUGGCCCGACUCACACGUCGGCCCCGUCAUCACCUACAUGGCGCGGUGCCCCGACUCUGGCUGCAACAACUGGCAACCCGGUACCUCGGCGGUCUGGUUCAAGAUCAAGGAAGCUGGACGCACGGGAACCUCCAACACUUGGGCUUCUAGCGCCCUCAUGGUUCCCAACUCUGGUUACCAAUACACCAUCCCGUCUUGCCUGAGGCCCGGCUACUACCUUGUCCGCCACGAGACGAUCGCGCUCCACGCCUCCUGGGCCUACCCGGGAGCCCAGUUCUACCCGGGCUGCCAUCAGCUGCAGGUUUCCGGCUCCGGCACCAAGAACGGCUCGCCGUUGGUGGCAUUCCCCGGCGCAUACAAGGCGACCGACCCCGGCGUCACCUACGAUGCUUUCAAGGCAACCCCGUACACCAUUCCGGGUCCCGCUGUCUUCACCUGCUAG